AUUCUUGUAUUUCAUACAAAUCGUGCGUUAUGUGCAACUAAAAUACAUAAUAAUAAUCAAAUUGAAUGAGUUAUUAAAGCAAAAAAUUAUACACAAAUAUUUGUGAAAUUAACAAAAUAACAUAUAAACGUUUAUUGUCUAUUUCUGGGCAAGGAAGCAUCAAAGAGUUUCCGAGACGUAUUAGAACGAUUGGGAGGAGGUAACGUAAAGCGCAAGUUAUACGCACGUUACAGCACUCCUACAACUGAAUUCAUCGACAAGUUAUGUCAACAAAAGAAGAGAUUUUACCAACGGCCGGAUCAGUACCGGCUAAUACUGAAGUAACUAACGCUACUACUGCAACCGCAACUACUGCAACCGGUACUGCCGCCAGUAAAUCGUACGCCAACGUUUUGCAGAAACCAGAAAAUAAAGAAAAUGAAACCAGUAGUGCAAUUGUAAAUUCUGUUAGUUUGGAUAAGGACAAUAAGGAUAUUAAGGAUAAUAAAACGGCUGUUAAAACUAUUAAAUCAUGGCGAGAAGAAAUUGCAGUUGGCACUACAACCACUCUUGCGGAUAAUCAGCAAGCAACUACCACGGAUGGUUCGACUGCUGCUGCUGCUGCGGUGGCUGGUGAAAAACGUGCGGCAAAUGUGGACAUAACAGCUGAAAAUUCUUCUGAAGUUGAUGACAAUACUGAUUUCGUACCGGUUGUGUCUCAUCAUAGGCGUGAGCGCAAGAAGCCACGUAAGGACAAACCAAAAGAACGAAACAGUAAUAAUGGCGAGAGGAAUGCUGGUAAUGGUAAUAGGAAUAAUGGUGGAAAUGUUGGAAAUGGUGGUGGUGGUAAUGGCGGAAAUGGUGGUAAUAGAAGAAGCAAUACUAAUGGAGAAAAAGAUGAAAAUAAUGGCGAAGGUAAAACUGAAAAUAAACGAUAUAAUCGAAGGCAUCGUGGUGGAGGCGAACGUAAAGAUGGUCAAAAUGCUGGACCUAAUAGGAAAUCUAAAAAAGAACGUAAGGAGACAUCACCCAGUGCUAGCGCUGAUACUGCUAGCAGUGGAGUCGAAGCGAAAUCAGCUGAAGGUGAUACACAAACUUCAAGCGCACCCAAUGCUGCUGCAACCACACAACAGAAAAAAUUUGUAGCUGCACCGCCACCAAAAGUUAAUGCUUGGAAGAUAAGUAAACAACAGUCUUCAAGUCCAAAAACUGGUUCCUCGCCUUUGGAUAAACGUGUUUUCCAGGCAAGAAAGACACAACAACAGCAACAGCAGCAGCAGCAGCAGCAGCAAAAUCAAACUGACACAAACAACACUAACAACACUAAUAACAGCAACAAUUUAAGCGACUAA